CACCGGGCGAGCGGAUACACCCCUCUCCUGAUGGCCACCGAGGCGGGUAAUGUGGGUGCGGUGGAGCUGCGGCUUGCUGCCGGCGCCAAUCCUGACUUCACAGGCCCUUGGAAGGUAACCCCCAUCUCCAUAGCCGUUUGUGCUGGGUACAUGAGCAUCCUGCAUCUCCUCCUGGCCAUGGAGAGGGUCAAUGUGAACUGCCAGAAUCUGAGGGGACUGACCCCUUUGAUUGAAGCGGUUGAGCGUGGGAACCUCGAGAUCGUCAAGUUCCUGCUGGAUGCGAAGAAUGUGGACAAAAACAUCAUGGAUUUUGAAGGGCGGACACCGCUGGCGUUGGCAGAGAACAACGGAGACGAUUACAUUGCCGACUUACUCCGAGACCAUGGCUGCGCAAAUCUGAGUUAGAUUAGUAGAUCUUGCGAUUCGUCCCUCGAGACAGGCCUGUUCUACGUAAUGCAGCAGGCAGUUGGUCUUU